UCUUCUUCUACCCGCACACCCCAAGCCGAGAGCCAGGACUCCAAGCAGAGCAGAGCAAACAGCACGCACACACACAAGCGCUCCCACACAAAAACGGCAGCGGCCAUGGCCAACAUGGCAUUGCUCUCCCUGGCCACGGCGUUACUAACAGCGUCGUCUGCGGUCACCGGAGCGUCCUGGAGUCCGCGGCCGGAGGCCGACCGCGUGACCGGGCUCCCCGGGCAACCGGAGGUCGGGUUCAAGCACUACGCCGGCUACGUCGACGUCGGAACGAGCGGCGACAGGGCGCUCUUCUACUGGUUCUUUGAGGCCGAGAAGGAGCCCGAGAAGAAGCCCCUGCUACUGUGGCUCAACGGAGGGCCCGGGUGCUCUUCCAUCGCCUACGGCGCCGCCCAGGAGCUGGGACCGUUUCUGGUGAGGGGCUACGGCGAGAGGCUCACUCGCAAUCCCUACGCGUGGAACAAAGCUGUGAACCUGCUGUUCCUGGAAUCGCCGGUUGGCGUGGGGUUCUCCUACACGAAUAAGACGUCGGACCUGAAGCAGCUGGGCGACCGCGUGACGGCGGAGGACUCGUACACCUUCAUGCUCAACUGGCUCGACAAGUUCCCGGAGUUCAAGACCCGCGAAUUCUACAUCUCCGGGGAGAGCUAUGCUGGGCACUACGUCCCGCAGCUCGCAGAUCGCAUCUACGAGGGGAACAAAGCGGCGAGCAGGGACAGGAUCAUCAACCUCAAAGGUUUCAUGAUCGGGAACGCGGUGAUCAACGACGAGACUGACCAGCUGGGCAUGGUGGAGUACGCGUGGAGCCACGCCAUCAUCUCCGACGAGCUCCACGCGGCGGUGACGCGGGAGUGCGACUCCUUCAGGGAGGAGGCCGACGGCGGGAGGCCGGGCAAGGGCUGCUCGCCGGCGGUGAAAGCGUUCAUGGGCGCCUUCGACGACAUCGACAUCUACAGCAUCUACACCCCGACGUGCCUGGCGUCCGCCGCCUCGCCGGCCGGCAACUCCUCGGCGGCGCGCCGGCCGGCCAGGCUCGUCGCCGCGCCCCGGCUCUUCUCCCAGCACGAGGCAUGGCACAUGAUGAGGCGUGCGCCGGCGGGGUUCGACCCGUGCACGGAGGCGUACGUGACCAAGUAUUUUAACCGCCGGGACGUGCAGCGCGCGCUGCACGCCAACCGGACUGCCCUACCCUACCCAUACUCGCCCUGCAGCACCGUCAUAAGGAAAUGGAACGACUCGCCGGCCACCGUGCUCCCAGUCCUGAAGAAGCUCAUGGGCGCUGGGCUGCGCGUCUGGGUUUACAGCGGCGACACGGACGGGAGGGUGCCGGUGACGUCGACGCGGUACAGCAUCAACGCCAUGAAGCUGCGGCAGCGGGAGAGGACCAAGGGGCUGGGCGGGUGGCGGGCGUGGUUCUACCGGCAGCAGGUGGCCGGGUGGGCGGUGGAGUACGAGGAGGGGCUCACGCUGGUCACCGUGCGCGGCGCCGGCCACCAGGUGCCGCUCUUCAAGCCCGCCAGCUCCCUCGCCAUGCUCUACCACUUCCUCCGCGGCCAGCCCCUGCCCAACACCUCCCGUCCUCGCUAGCUACACGCAAGAUCUGCUGCACAAGUGCUGCUUUGGUCGAAUGUUUGCUUAGCUUAGAUUACCAUCUGAGGUAGAAUGGACUUCUUUGGGCAGCGUUGUCGCAUGGUGUAACUUACGAUGAUAUGGGACUCCGUGGGAAGAUUAGGUGUAGCGUGUUCCUUCAAAGGAUUUCCAGGACACUGCCAUGUAGUAUCCGUACACAAGGUGGUAAGCUGCAGAAAAGAACUUGUCAAGGAAAGAAAUAAACGCAAGGCUGAACAUGCCGUCAGAAAAUUCA